AUGGAUGAGCAAGACUCAGCUGGGCCUGAAGCAGGAAGAGGCCAUUCCAUCCAAAUUCUUAGCCAUGGACGAAUCUGGGGAAAGUCUGCCCAGAGGAUCCUGAGUGAGGAGGACACCCUCCGCUCAGAUGUGCAGAGCCAGCAGCUCAGGCGGCUUUGCUACCAGGAGGCCAAAGGACCCCGAGAGGUUUGCAACCGACUCUACCACCUUUGCCGUCAGUGGCUGAAACCAGAAACCCACACGAAAGCUGAGAUGCUGGACCUGGUGAUCUUGGAGCAGUUCCUGGCUGUCCUUCCACCAGAGAUGGAGAGCUGGGUGAGGGAAUGUGGAGCGGAGACCAGUUCCCAGGCGGUGGCCCUGGCCGAAGGUUUCCUCCUGAGUCAGGCAGAGGAGAGAAAGCAGGCAGAGAGAAAGCGGGUGAGAGAGAUUUUCCUCUGGAUACUCCAUACUCUGGGGCUCCAAAGUUGAGAGUAUCCCCCAAUUCUCUACUAAUUUCUUUUGGAAAGGAUCCGAGGAAUGAUAUCUGAUACCCCUAAAGUUUUUGUGUCCUUUGCCAUUCCAGUUCUAAUGUAAUUCUUUUGAAUGCUUGUUGCUCUUGCAGAGAAAGGAUCAGUUUCCAGAAAUGGGUCUGGAUUCCUCUGAGGUAGAGAGAAUUCCGUUGGACUCCAGAGAGAGGCCACUAGGUAAGGAGGAAUGAGUUAUUUCUCCCCCAUUUUAUCACAUUAUGUUGUUUUUGAAACUAAUUUGUGAGUUCUCGACAUUUUUUUUGGAGAAGACACGUAAAGCCAAGAGCCCAGAGAAAGGGUGAUAUAUUUUUGCACAACUAAUAUGUGAAAUGGUUACCAACGUCCACGUUUACAUGGCUACCCUUAAUUUUUUGAAGGCCCACCUAUAGCUUUCUUUCUGAGUGAAGCAUGCACUUACCUUUUUCUCUCAUAGGAGACCGAACGAUGCCAGCAAGACCUGUUUGUCCAUCUUUUCUUGGUGGCGAAGGGGAAGCUGCCCCUGUGGAACCAGAGCAGGUAGGAGGAAGGAGCCAUGUGGGCAAAGAAGAUGUCAUGGACUGGUUGGACACAGAGGAAAGGUGGGAGGGACCACCAAGGAAAGAAUGGUUGAAUGCUAAACUAGGCUUCUAAGCAGUUUACACACCACACCAAACAGUGGCCAGGAUUCACCCCAUCAGUCGCACAAUGGGGCUUUCCCCCUCUCAUCCCCCCGGUCAUUGCCCCCCUGCGCACCUUGAAGUUGUCUAUAGGGCAUCAGGAGGGUCCUCCCCACCUGGCAAGAACAGCACACAGGGAAAGAAGGAAGGGGAUCCUUCCAUGUGGCAAAUGGGGAUGUGUCCAUAAUGAAAUGUGCAGAAGAAGAAUCCCAUUAAAACAUAACAUCAGUUAAGAGGCAGAAGACAACAGAGCAAAGUGUAACUGUUCACCUUGAAGUUGUCUAAGAGGACUACCUUUUUCUUUUAGGGUCCAGUGUGCUUUGAAGAUGUAGCUGUGCAUUUCACAGGCGAGGAGUGGGCGUUGCUGGAUCCUGACCAGAGAGCUCUGCACAAGGAAGUCACGGAGGAGAAUCGUGGGAUCUUGGACUCUCUCGGUAAGGCUUCCUCUUGGAUCAUUCUAUCUGCUUUGAAAUUCGAGACAUAUCUCUAUGAGUGGAGCCUCUGAAUUUUUGAUGGGGCUCAACAGCACUACCCACAGCCCCUGGGAUUCUAAUACUCCCACAGAAAACUUUGGAUGGAAGAGUAUUGCCUGCUUUCUCUGUGAAUAUUCUUCCUCCAGUUCUGCCUUUUCAAAGCAUGAAACCCAGCAAGAUGGGCGGGUUAUAAACAAUAAAAUUAUUACAAUUAUCAUCAACCUCAUCAUCAUCAUGCCUACCCGCUCCAAGAUGGCUCCCCUUUUGCUCUUGAAGGGCUGGCCUGUCUGCAGCCACACAGCCUCCCAUCAGGGCCCCUUCUCUGGGGGCAGCAGCAGAGGAAGGGCCUCAGGAAAGCCGCCAUGACUCCAGUAGGGCUGGGAACCAUCUGGCCAGAUGCAGAGGAGCAGGAGGAGAAGGAAGGCUGACCCCUCUCCUUCCCCUCAUAGGGCCAGGGGCGCAGGGUGCUGAGCAGGGGGAAAGGAGCUCAGCUGGAGAGCCUCUGGGGAGGAUAAGAUACCCCUCUGUAUUUUUCCCAGGGUCCUCUGAACUGCACAAGGCCUUCUUAAAUGUAGGCUUCAAAGUGAUUCAGGAAGUUCAAGUAGCUUCUGUCAGAUUUUUUGUUUCAGUUCUUUCUUCUUUCUGUCCUUAGUUGACUUAAGAGACGAGUGACAUUGGAGAUGGCACAGAUCCCAUAAUUGGGCCAAACAAAAUCCAUCCCAGAAAAUAGCCAGGCUUUCCUGUAGGAAGACCUCACAUCUAAGUCCCUUCAGUUCUUCCUGGGUCACAAGCAUUACUUAGCACUACUACUGCAUAAUUGGUGGUUCCAUUGCUUCCUGAGGCUCCAAUCUGUUUCUCUCUCAGUUCCAGGUGGUGAUGAAUUGGAGCUGAAGAACGAGAGAGACCACAACGAAAGCCACACAGUGGGGAAGUCAUAUCCAUAUUCAGAGUGCAGAGAGAGCUUCAGUCAGAGCUCCCAUUCCACUUCAAAUCAAAGAAAUCCCCUUGAGAAGAAACCCUAUCAGUGCUUGGAAUGUGGAAAGAGCUUCAGGGAGAGAAACAAGCUCACUGUCCAUCAGAGAAUUCAUACAGGGGAGAAACCUUAUCAGUGCCAAGAGUGUGGAAAGAGCUUCAGUCAAAAGGGCAGCUUAACUACCCAUCAGAGAAUUCAUACAGGGGAGAAACCUUAUCACUGCUUGGAAUGUGGAAGGGGCUUCAUUGACAGACGCCAGCUCACUGUCCAUCAGAGGAUUCAUUCGAGGGAGAAACCUUAUCGAUGCUUUGAAUGUGGAAAGAGCUUCAGUCAGAGCACCCAGCUCACUUCCCAUCACAUACUUCAUUCCGGGGGGAAACCAUAUCACUGCUUGCAAUGUGGAAAGACUUUCACUUGGAAAAUAAGUUUCACUUCCCAUCAGAGAAUUCAUACAGGGGAAAAACCAUAUCAGUGCUUGGAGUGUGGAAAGAGCUUCAGGGAGAGAAACAAGCUCACUGUCCAUCAGAGAAUUCAUACAGGGGAGAACCCCUAUCAGUGCCAAGAGUGUGGAAAGAGCUUCACUCAAAAGGGCAGUUUAAAUUCCCAUCAGAGAAUUCAUACAGGGGAAAAACCAUAUCAGUGCUUGGAGUGUGGCAAGAGCUUCUUUCGAAGAAGCCAGCUCACUGUCCAUCAGGGAAUUCAUAUAGGGGGAGAACCCUAUCAGUGCUUGGAGUGUGGCAAGAGCUUCAGGGAGAAAAACAAUCUAACUGUCCAUCAGAGAAUUCAUACAGGGGAGAAACCCUAUCAGUGCCAAGAGUGUGGAAAGAGCUUCAGUCAAAAGGGCAGUUUAAAUUCCCAUCAGAGAAUUCAUACAGGGGAAAAACCAUAUCAGUGCUUGGAAUGUGGCAAGAGCUUCUUUCGAAGAAGCCAGCUCACUGUCCAUCAGAGAAUUCAUACCGGAGAGACACCCUAUCAGUGCUUGGAAUGUGGAAAGAGCUUCAGUCACCAAAGCCAGCUCAGUGUCCAUCAAAUAAUUCAUACAGGGGAGAAGCCAUAUCAGUGCUUGGAAUGUGGCAAGAGCUUCUUUCGAAGAAGCCAGCUCACUGUCCAUCAGAGAAUUCAUACUGGAGAGACACCCUAUCAGUGCUUGGAAUGUGGAAAGAGCUUCAGUCACCAAAGCCAGCUCAAUGUCCAUCAAAGAAUUCAUACAGGGGAGAAGCCAUAUCAGUGCUUGGAAUGUGGAAAGAAAUUCACCCAGAGCGCCCAUCUCACAAUCCAUCGCAGAAUUCAUACAGGGGAGAAACCCUAUCAGUGCUUGGAAUGUGGUAAAGGCUUCAGAAAAAAGCGCAGUUUAACUUCCCAUCAGAGAAGUCAUACAGAGGAGAAACCCUAUCAGUGCCAAGAGUGUGGCAAGAGCUUCAGAAAAAAGAACAAUUUUACUUCCCAUGAGAGAAUUCAUAAAGGGGAAAAACCUUAUCAGUGCUUGGAAUGUGGAAGGGGCUUCAUUGACAGACGCCAUUUCAGUGUCCAUCAGAGGAGUCAUUCGGGGGAGAAGCCCUAUCAGUGCUUCGAAUGUGGAAGGGGCUUCGUUGACAGACGCCAGCUCACUGUCCAUCAGAGGAUUCAUACAGGGGAGAAGCCAUAUCAGUGCUUGGAAUGUGGAAAGAGCUUCAUUCAAAGAGGCCUUCUCAGUGUCCAUCAAAGAAUUCAUACAGGGGAGAAGCCGUAUCAGUGCUUGGAAUGUGGAAAGAAAUUCACCCAGAGCGCCCAUCUCACAACCCAUCACAAAAUUCAUACAGGGGAGAAACCCUAUCAGUGCUUGGAAUGUGGAAAGAGAUUUAUUGAGAAAGCCAAACUCACGAGCCAUCAAAGAAUUCACAGCAAGAGAAAACUAUUUUAGUGCCAAGAAUGUGGGAAUAGCUUCAGUCACAGGGCCUGCCUCGCUUCCCAUCAAAGAACUCACAUUGGGGGCAAAUUAUAGUAGUGGCUGUAUACAGAUUAAUUUUAGGAGCCCUUAGUUUGUAUGAGGUGAGAAUUGCAGUUGGGUUCUUUGCCACAUCUGGUGCCCCAUAGUAAUUCCUACAACGUACCCAAGAACUGAUUUGCAAGUUCUUUGCCAAGGUGUUUAAUGCCUUCUUCACAGUUUCCUUUCUCUUGGCAGAUCAAGAUGAGCAGGUGACAGCAAAGGUUGCAAUUUGGAUUGGGUUGGAGACCUGGGACAAUUAGAAUAAGAGGCACUAUUUGACUAUUGACUCAAAACCCUACAGUGCAUUUUAUAUAAUGGACUUUUUAUUUUUAUUCUUUGUAUAUCGCAUUGUUGUUUUAUUGGUAUGGCCGGGGGCUGACGCAAAUAAAGAUUCAUUCAUUGAAUAUUUUCUUCACAUCAUGCCUGGGGUGAGGGAUAAGAGUGAUUUGGUGACACUGAUGAGAUUGCUGUCCACGCUGAACUUUCCUAGGAAGGACUUGGGGUAAAAUUUGUGAUAGUUGAUUGAAUAUUAGAUAUUAAAGAUUUUUAUUCUGUCCAAAGUGUCCUAGUACUUAUUGCAUUUAGCCUUUUCAAUAGAAUAUAUUAGGCAUGAUUUUUAUAUGCCUGCAUUUUGUAAUCCUCAUGCCAUGCUCCUGCACUGUGUAAAGCUGUGAUGUGUACAUUGCCUACCGCUUCCAGCCUUAUCUGAUCCUAGAAGAGCAGGUGAUGUUUGGAGAAGAAGAAGGAGCUGAGCUAGCCUCCGUGUGAGAACUCGCAUAUCUCCUCAAAGGUCUUUGACAUCUUUUGGUACCAGGGAAGUAUGAUAUGGGAUUGAAAUGUCAACGGUCCCUUGGAAGUCCUGGUUGCCAUGGGCAUGGUGUCAAAGUGAGACGUAUGAGACCCAAAUGACCUGGGCACUCUGAGACACCGCAAGGUAUUUUCAGAGGAGUCGAUAUCCACAUGAAGCCAUGUGUCCCAUGACCUGUAACUUUUCUUGAUGCAAGUGGAAGAGUGUUGUGGCAUUUUAUGAUUCUUUGUGUGUUGUGUAUAUAAUGUUUCUUUUAAUAUGCCUCCUGGCAGCCUUUUCAAACUAGCCGUUCUGCUGAACAACUGGUUAGCAAGGAUGUCCUAUUGCAAUAGUUUGAAUAAAGCAGGUCCCUGCAGGAUGCUGAGAUUGCGCUCAUUCUCUUGGUUCUGAGUUUUUAUUUCAGUUAUUCCCUCCACUGAGUCACGAACCGGUGAUAUGGAAGCAAAUUCUGAUCAUACGAUGAAUUCACAUACUUUAUAUUUUCCUUUCUUCUGUGAGAAGCUUAAGUCAAGGAUUCCCUUUCUGCUGUCCUCUGAUCACUCACAAUGGACGUAUGCCAAGAGGAAAGAAUUUUAUCCAGGAGGAAGCAGAGUUCUUGGUUCAUCUUAAGCCAAAGGGAGCUGGGAGCAAGAGAAGGACAAGUUUGUUUGCUUUAGGGUCCUCCAGAGUAUCCCUUCAAAGAUGGAAGGAAGAAGAUAAAGGGAAGAGCUAAGGGCAGAAAUGCGUUUAAGAGGGAAUAGAAUCUCAUUGCACUGUUUCAAUAAAAUGUUGCAUCCCACGUACAAAGUUUCCAUCCUCAUUUCCGUCGCUGAUUGUUAGGCGGGAGAAGAAAGGUAGUGACAUCUAAAGGAUACUAGACAAAUAAAGCUUAUUUGAUAUACUGCGGAACCUCAGUUUUUUAGCAUCUUUGAACCAGAAUGUUUCGGUUUUCGAAUGCCGAAAAGCUGGAAGUAAUUGCUUCUGUUUUCGAACGUCCCUUGGACACUGAACAGCUUCCGCUCUGUGUUUUUCCAUUUGUUCUUUUGCACCUGAGUUUUCAAAUGUCUUCCGGAACAGAUUGUAGUUCUACAAGGUGAUAAGCUUACUUAGAGCUACCACAUAUCACAAGAAGGGUUGUCUUUAUUUGGGAAAAUAGGAAAUAUUAAAAGGAAAAUGCCUUGCUGUGGUACCUCAGGUUACAAACACCUCAGGUUACAAACACUUCAGGUUACAGACUGCACUAGCCUGGAAGUAGUACCUCAGGUUAAGUAAUUUACCUCACGAUGAGAACAGAAAUCACAGGGCAGCAGCGGGAGGCCCCAUUAGCUAAAGUGGUACCUCAGGUUAAGAACGGACCUCCAGAACAAAUUAAGUUCGUUCCCAGAGGUACCGCUGUAUUAGGAAAAAAAUAUAAGAGAGUAACGCCGAAGGAAAUGGGGUUGGGAAGAGGAAGGUGCGGUUUUAAGGCAGUGUUUGACAUCAGAGUUCAGGUCUCGGUCCUUUCAAGGUGCUGUUGGCAUCAGAAUGAGAUGGGGGAGUCCCCGGGGGGCAGGGCAGCCAGGAGGGUCCCCCAAGAAGAGAGGGAAGGGGGCCUGGGGAGCCCCGCUUUGCAAGGGUUCCAAGGAACAGCGCAAAAGGCCAGCCACGGGGGUCAGGGAGUCAUCCUGCUUAGGGACCCCCAAAGUCAUCUAGCCCAACCCUCGGCCGCGCAGGAAUCUCCUGCCCAACCUGGGGCUCGAACCCAAGACCCUGAGAUCAAAGGGACUCAUGUUCUACCAGCUGAGCUCUCCUGCCUUAUUCGGGUUUAUUUCUGCUAUUCGCGUGGCUCCUCGGAGAGAGAAAAUGUGAGCUUGGUUUACUCCACCUUGCAAGGGUUAAAAGGAACUUAGCUGCAUUCCUAGAGAGGACAGGAAAUAAGUGGGGGAUGCGGUCCUCCCGAGCAAAAGCCCCUCCCACUUUCCCAGCUUCCUGCCUGCAAGAGGGGGAAUGUGGUUUUCGUCUCCUCUGCAGGAGCUGCCUCAGUUUCCCUUCAUGGACCUGGUGAGUUUCCUCUCUUUUCUGCCUUAGGGUGCAUUGGGGAGAAGUGGGGCGGGUCCAUGGGGAGUCUGCUCAGCUCCUGCAGGGGGAUCCCCAAGUCAGGGAUAAGAGGUUCUGCCCCCCUUCUUCUCUGCAAAACCAGGGAGGCUGCAAGUAACAGGAGGUCUGCAAGUCUCUUCUUCCUUUGCAUCAAGAUGCCGCUUGUCCCAUGAGUCAGGAAGAAAAGGGCAUGCAAUGGAAUCCCGGUGGGAUUGAGGAAUCAAUUACAUUCAUUAGCCCAGGUGGAAACAUUUUGGGGUAGAACUAAAACUUUGGCCUCUAUGAUAAACAAAGUCCUUCCAUGUCACAGUGCGCAGUUAGACCCAUGGAACUCCCAUCCACAGGAGGAAGGGAUGGCCACCAAGCCAGAUGGCUUUAGAAGAGGAUGAGGCCAAUUCAGGCUCCUGGCCCCCACAGUUGAAGGCCAUCAUGCUUCUGAAUGCCAGCGGCUGGGAAAUGCAGAGAGAGAGAGUUAUCCCUGGGCUCCAUGCCCGCUGGUGGGCUUCCCAAAAGGUGCCCCAGGUUGGCAGCUGAGAGCAGGAGGCUGGACUGUCUUCACCCAACCUGGUGAUAACAGAGUAAAGGAUGCAAGGAGGGAGCUACAUGGACUGAAUGGGCACAGAGGAAUGGUGAAGGGAACCAGCUGGGGAACCCGCAAGGGAAGGCGGCUCUGGGCCAGGGGAGGGGUUUGGGGGCAAUGAUGAGUGGUCAGAGGGAGAAGCCUGGGGGGAGGAGGUGUCUGAAGCUGAAGAGGUAACAGGGCUUAGUGAGCAAGGGGAAUCUGUGGCGGAGAGCAGUCUAGAUGCAGAGGCAGCAGGUUAGGAUGAGGGAGGCCAAGACGUAGGGAUGAUUCUAGCUGGUCUCCCCUCCUCCUGUGACAAGUCCCCCCCCCAAUAACCAUAAUCAAUUACUUGAUGUUCACCCAAAACUCCCAUGGCAGAUUAAAACAGUGUAUCACAAUAUUAAGAAGAGUAUAAAAUUGUUACUAUCACAGAAAAAAGGGAAAUCCUAUAUCUCUCUUUUUUUAACACUGUCCCAGAAGUUAUUUGGUCCCACCCACCUGUUCUUUGGCCAGGUGAAGAGAAUGUGGGAGAUUGCAAGGGCUGCAACAUGAGGCAGAAGCAGGAAAGAAAUGUGCCCUGACAUUUGGGGGUGGGAGGGACCCCCACUAUUGCCUUGGGUCCCAGUUACACUUAGUACAGAUGACUCACUCAUCCAUUCUUCCUUCCUUCCUUUUAUUCCUUCCUUAAUUAUUUAAAGAAAGCUCAGUCUGAGUUGUGGUGCAGUCCAGCCCUGGUUCCUAGCAAGACUCAUCCACGCUUGCCCAGGGAACAUUUCUAUUCACCUGUGUAUAAGUUUUAUAUCAGAAAAAUAUAUUUGCUUUUUAGGAUUUGCUAAAAUCUCUCAUUGGGACAGACAGAAUUUGGCAGAAGACGUAGUGACUUCUUUCGAUUUCUUGGAGGUGUCCUGAGAACAGAGAUGGAUGAGCAAGACUCAGCUGGGCCUGAAGCAGGAAGAGGCCAUUCCAUCCAAAUUCUUAGCCAUGGCGGAAUGUGGGGAAAGUCUGUCCAAAGGAUCCUGGGUGAGGAGGACACCCUCCGCUCAGAUGUGCAGAGCCAGCAGCUCAGGCGGCUUUGCUACCAGGAGGCCAAAAGACCCCGAGAGGUUUGCAACCGACUCUACCGCCUUUGCCGUCAGUGGCUGAAACCAGAAACCCACACGAAAGCUGAGAUGCUGGACCUGGUGAUCUUGGAGCAGUUCCUGGCUGUCCUUCCAGAAGAGAUGGAGAGCUGGGUGAGGGAAUGUGGAGCGGAGACCAGUUCCCAGGCGGUGGCCCUGGCCGAAGGUUUUCUGAGUCAUGCAGAGGAGAGAAAGCAAGCAGAGAGAAAGCAGGUGAGAGAGACUUUCCUCUGGAUACUCCCAAGGGGCUCCGAACAUGAGGGAGAGUAUCCCCCAAUUCUCUACUAAUUUUGUCAUCCUUUUUUUGGAAAGGAUCCGAGGAAUGAUAUCUGAUACCCCUAAAGUGUUUGUGUCCUUUGCCAUUCGCGUUCCAAUCUAAUAGUUUUGAAUGCUUGUUGCUCUUGCAGGGGAAGGAUCAGUUUCCAGAAAUGGGUCUGGAUUCCUCUGAGGUAGAGAGAACUCCGUUGGACUCCAGAGUAAGGCCACUGGGUAAGGAGGAAUGAGUUUUUUCUCUGUUUAAUCACAUUUUGUGGAUUUUGAAACUAAUCCGUGAAUUACUCUCAUCUGUUUUGGAGAAGACUCGUGAAGGCAAGAGCCCAGAGAAAGGGUGAUGUAUUUUUGCACAACUAAUAUGUGAAACUGUUACCAACGUCCACAUUUACGUGGCUACUCUUACUUUUUUGAAGGCCCACCUGUAGUUUUCCUUCUGAGUGAAGCAUGCACUUACCUUUUUCUCUGGUAGGAGACCGAACAACGCCAGCAAGACCUGUUUGUUCAUCUUUUCUUGGUGGCGAAGGGGAAGCUGCCCCUGUGGAACCAGAGCAGGUAGGAGGAAGGAGCCAUGUGGGGAGAGAGGAUGUCAUGGACGGGUUGGACACAGAGGAAAGGUGGGAGGAACCGCCAAGGAAAGAAGGGUUGAAUGCUAAAAUCGCCUUCUAAGCAGUUUACACUCCACACCAAACAGUGGCCAGGAUUCACCCCAUCAGUUGCACAAUGGGGCUUUCCCCCUCUCAUGCCCCCGGUCAUUGCCCCCCUGUGCACCUUGAAGUUGUCUAUAGGGCAUCAGGAGGGUCCUCCCCACCUGGCAAGAACAGCACACAGGGAAAGAAGGAAGCAGAUCCUUCCAUGUGGCAAAUGGGGAUGUGUCCAUAAUGAAAUGUGCAGAAGAAGAAUCCCAUUAAAACAUAACAUCAGAGCAAAGUGUAACUGUUCACCUUGAUGUUUUCUAAGAGGAGAACCUUUUUCUUUUUCUUUCAGGGUCCAGUGUGCUUUGACGAUGUAGCUGUCCAUUUCACAGACGAGGAGUGGGCGUUGCUGGAUCCUGACCAGAGAGCUCUGCACAAGCAGGUUAUGGAGGAGAAUCGUGGGAUCUUGGACUCUCUCGGUAAGGCUUCCUCUUGGAUCAUCCUAUCUGCUUUGAAAUUCAAGAUAUAUCUCUACGGGAGGCACCUCUGAUUUUUCGAUGGGGCUCAACAGCAGCACCCACAGCCCCUGGGAUUCUAAUACUCCCACAGAAAAAAUUGGAUGGAAGACCAUUGACUGCUUUCCCUGUAAAUAUUCUUCCUCCAGUUCUGCCUUUUCAAACCGUGACCAGGCUCCUCUGAACUGCCCGGGCCUUCUUAAAUGUGGGAUUCAGAGUGAUUCAUGAUGUGGAAGUAGCUUCUGUCAGGUUCUUCGUUUCCGAUCUUGCUUCUUUCUGUCUCUGGUUGACCAAAGGAGUGUUUGGCAUUGGAGAUGUCAUGAUUGGGCCAAACAGAAUACAUCCCAGAAAAUAACCAGGCUUUUUGAAUCUCAGGCAGUGAACCCCAUAGGAAGACCUCACAUGUAACUCCCUUUAGUUUUUACUGGGGCACAAGCAUUAAUUGUCACUGUUCCAUAAUUUGGGGUUCCAUUGCUUCCUGAGGCUCUAAUCUAUUUGUCACUUAGCUGCAGGUGGUGAUGAAUUGGAGAUGAAGAAUGAGGGAGACCAUGAUAAAAUCCACACAGUGGGGAAGUCCUAUUCAGAGUGUGGAGAGAGCUUCAAUCAGAGCUCCCAUUCCACUUCAAAUCAAAGAAAUCCCAUCAGGAAGAAACGCUAUCAGUGCUUGGAGUGUGGAAAGAGCUUCAGUCAGAGAAACAAGCUCACUGUCCAUCAGAGAAUUCAUACAGGGGAGAAACCCUUUCAUUGCCAAGAGUGUGGGAAAAGCUUUCAUUGUGGGAGCAAUCUCUCUUCCCAUAAAAGAAUUCAUACAGGAGAGAAACCCUUUCAGUGCCAAGAGUGUGGAAAGAGCUUCAGUCAAAAGAGCAGUCUAACUUACCAUCGUAGAAUCCAUACAGGGGAGAAGCCAUAUCAGUGCCAAGAGUGUGGGAAAAGCUUUCAUAGUGGGAGCAAUCUCUCUUCCCAUCAAACAAUUCAUAAAGGAGAGAAACCCUUUCAGUGCCAAGAGUGUGGAAAGAGCUACAGAAAAAAGGACAGUUUAACUACCCACCAGAUAAUUCAUACAGGGGAGAAACCUUAUCACUGCUUGGAAUGUGGAAAGAGAUUCAGUCACAUCCGCCAGCUUACUGUCCAUCGAAAUAUUCAUACAGGGGAGAAGCCAUAUCAGUGCUUGGAAUGUGGAAGGAGCUUCCGUUACACCAGCCAUCUCUCUGCCCAUCAGAGAAUUCAUACACGGGAAAAACCCUAUGAAUGUCUGGAAUGCGGAAAGAGCUUCAAAACGACCAGCAGUCUCACUUCGCAUCAAAGAAUUCAUACAGGAGAGAAACCCUAUCACUGCCAAGAGUGUGGCAAGAGCUUCAGUUACAGCCAGCAGCUAUGUGUCCAUAAAAAUAUUCAUCCAUGA